CGCGGUAUUCGCCGGAGACUUUUAAAAACGGUUUUCCGGGCCUCUUUUCCUCGCCGCCGAAGAUGGCGGCUGCGGUAGGCCCGGGGCUGGGCGUGGAGGAGCUGAGCUUGCUGGAGAAGUCGCUGGGCUUGAAGAAAGGCAACAAGUACAGCAGUCACGGCGAGCGGAAGACUCCCGUACUUCAGGAAAAUAAUGGCCCUAGUCUGACAGGCCUCACCAGUAUAGCUAUCCAUUUAGUCAGACAAGCAAAGAAGGAGCAGCUGCUUGGGAACACAGCUGAAGAAAAAGCAGUAGUACAGCAGUGGUUGGAAUACAGAGUGGCACAAAUAGAUAAACAGUCCACUAAAGAAGAAAUCAGGACAAAUCUGAAGGACCUCAAUUCAUAUCUUGAAGAUAAAGUUUACAUUACAGGAAACAAUUUUACUUUAGCUGAUAUUUUAUUAUACUAUGGACUGCACCACAUCGUAGCUGAACUUACAGUGCAAGAAAAGGAGAAAUAUCUUAACGUAUCUCGUUGGUUCAAUCAUAUUCAGCAUUAUCCGGAUAUCCGGCAGCAUCUGUCUAGCAUAGUUUUUAUGAAAAACAGGCUCUACAAUACACAUUAAACACUAAGUUAGGAAUUCCAGACAAAUGAAAAUAAUUUUUGAAACCUUUAAUGUGCAAGCAUGGAUUUUUGUCAUUUCCAUAUGUGAAGCUGAACAGUUGGUGCCUAAAGUAAUAAAGUUGCAUCUAGUAGCUAUUUAGAAAUAUAGACAUAAUUAAAACAAUAGUUUGGUCUAUUUCAACCAAACAAAAUGUGAGUCAAACAUCUUCAGUUAGAACAUUAUGUCAUACAGAUCCAUAGCUUAACUUAUAUGGUAUGAGAGUCAAAGACCUUAACUGCCAUGAUGUCACCUAUGCUCAUUGCCUCAAUUGUAUCAUGGAUAGUAUGCUGUUGUAUUUUUCUUUUAUGGAUGAUCACAUUAGUUUUGUAAAUGUUAUUAUGAAAAAUUUAUUGUGCCAUGUAUUUUGAAAGAGAACGGUGAAAUAUAUCAGAAGCAAAUCCUAUUUAGUGUACAAAUUAUGUUAAAUCUCAUACUUAGAUUAUAUCUUACUUCCUCUGUAGAAAAUUCAAAUUGUUGCAAAAUUGUGAAAAAAACCUCCAGAAGAAUAUUUAUUGAAAAGAAGAUGAAAAACGUUGUUUUAUUUUAAAAAAUAAAAUUCUCAGCCUC